GACUCGAAUGUGUUUAUGAGUCGCACACCGAUGUGAAUAGGGCACUCGAUUCGCCUGUCACAGUGAAACACGGACGACGCACGACAUGUAUUAACAGGAGUGAGUUAUCGCUGCAGAGCACCCGUUUGUCCCGAUUCAAUAUAAAAUUCACGAGUUUUGAACGAUUCGUUCAUGACAUGAUUUGCACAUCUCUCAGUUAUCUACCACUAUCACUUGUCGUAUUUUGGUCAGUUAUGAUAAUUCACAAUGAACAAAUUAGAAACAUGCACUUUAAGUUCACUGAAGUCAUAACUUCAGCCACACUGCUACAAGUGUCCCUCAAGUGUCCAAAAGCCGCCAGCAGGAGUCACACGACCACCGCUAACCUGAUGCACCGGAAGUAGAGAGCUGAGACGCUCCAAGUUUUGGGGAAAGUUUUUUUUUUUUUUUUGCUUUUCUGUUAAUGACAGGAAGAAGUUGGAUGUGUGCUCUUGUCUCCCAGUAGAACCAAGAUGGGACUCCCCACGCUGGAGUUUAGCGACUCUUUCUUGGACAGUCCGGACUUCCGAGAGCGACUCAAGUGUCAUGAAAUUGAACUGGAGAGGACCAACAAGUUCAUCAAGGAGCUGAUUAAAGAUGGAAACAUGCUCAUUAGCACGCUCAGGAGUCUUUCUGCCGCAGUCCAGAAGUUCUCCCAGUCCCUGGAGGAGUUCCAGUUUGAGUGCCUUGGCGACGCAGAGACUGAUGACGAGGUGAAUAUUGCCCAGUCCUUCAAGGAGUUCUCCAAGCUGCUCAACACGGUGGAAGAGGAAAGGCGACGCUGGAUCCAGAAUGCAGAUGACGUCUUGAUCACUCCCUUGGAAAAGUUUCGUAAGGAGCAGAUCGGCGCCGCAAAGGAUGGGAAGAAGACAUUUGAUAAGGAGACAGAGAAAUACUAUUCCACGCUGGAAAGACACCUCAACCUGUCAUCCAAAAAGAAAGAAGCUUAUCUCCAGGAGGCCGACAUGCAGAUUGAUAAGGACAGGCGCCUCUUCUACGACGCCUCCCUGGAGUACGUCUUCAAAAUACAGGAAGUGCAAGAAAAGAAGAAGUUUGAGUUUGUGGAGCCGCUCCUGGCCUUCCUGCAGGGCUUGUUUACCUUCUACCACGAGGGAUACGAGCUAGCUCAUGAAUUUGAGCCGUACAAGCAGCAGCUGCAGUUCAACCUCCAGAACACACGCAACAACUUUGUAAGCACCAAGCAGGAGGUGGAGAAGCUGAUGAGGAGGAUCAGGUGUGCAGAGCAAGACUACAAAGCUCCAGGCCGGUGGAGCAUGGAGGGCUUCCUGUACGUGCAGGAGAAACGUCCUCUUGGAUGCACGUGGAGCAGACACUACUGCACCUACCAGAAGAGCAGCAAGACCUUCACCAUCAGAAACAAUGACAACAAGGCAGCCGCCAAACCAAACGGUUUGGUGUUGAACCAGGCGGAGAUGUUCAAGCUGAAGUCCUGCAUUCGGAGGAAAACUGACUCCAUUGACAAGCGUUUCUGCUUCGACAUCGAGGUGGUGGAAAGAAACGCCAUCUGUCGUGGAAAUCUUUUCAGGCCGCUUCCUUUUUUCCGUAAAGUCCGGCACGGUGUCAUGACGCUGCAGGCGCUGUCCGAGUCCAACCGGAGGCUGUGGCUGGAGGCCAUGGAUGGCAAAGAGCCGAUUUACAACCUGCCUGCCAUCCUCAGCAAGAAGGAAGAGACGUUCCUUAACGAGGCGGGCUUUAACUUUGUCAGGAAGUGCAUCCACUUGGUGGAGACCAGAGGAAUAAACACCACGGGCCUGUACCGGGUCGGUGGGGUCAACUCCAAAGUGCAGAAGCUGAUGGCCACAGUCUUUUCAUCCAAAGCACCCGCAGACAUGGACCUGGAUCCCGAGAUGUGGGACAACAAGACCAUCACCAGCGGCCUGAAGAAUUAUCUCAGGUGUCUGUCUGAGCCGCUGAUGACCUUCAAGCUGCACAAGGACUUCAUCUUGGCUGUCAAAUCUGAUGACCAGAACUACAGAGUGUGUGCUGUCCAUGCUCUGGUCCACAAGCUGCCUGACAAGAACAAGGAGAUGCUGGAGCUGCUACUCAAACAUCUGCUCAGGGUUUCUGCCGAGAAGCAGUCCAACAUGAUGACGGUGUCCAACCUGGGUGUCGUCUUCGGGCCCACCCUGAUGCGAUCCCAAGAGGAGACGGUGGCCGCCAUGAUGAACAUCAAGUUCCAGAAUAUUGUGGUGGAAAUUCUCAUUGAGAAUUUUGACAAAAUCUUCCACCAGCUUCCAGACCCCAACGUUCCCCUGCUGCAACCUCAGAGCCAGCCCGGUUCCCGAAGAAGCAGAGCCAUUUGUCUCUCCGCCGGCCCCCGGAAGCCUCGCAGCAUCUACACCCCCACGCUGUGUCUGGCCGAUGCAGAAAGUGAGCCCUGCAGCAGCAGUCCCAGCAGCACCCCCGCAGGCAGCAUGGACUCUCUGUCCUCGCACUCCUCAGAGCACAAUGCCUCCUCCAAGGCAGCAACGUCCUCCACUCAGGUCGGGGUCGUGCCGCUCCCUGACGCUGCGACCUUGCACCCCCGCAGCACCGAGGCCAGCUCCAAGAGGGAAGCGGAGUCCGAGAGCGCCCUUACCGUGUCGUCUGUCGGUGCCGCGCCUAGAAAGGCUCCUCACCGCAACACGGAACCUACACCACCUGACCUCCUCUCUGCUGCCCCCUCCCUCAAAUCUCUGCUUGUGUUUGAAGGACACAGGAGCUGCUCAGCAUCCUCACAAAACCUCUCGCUCAUCAAUCACCCGCCGCUACCGCCCAAGCUGGAGAUCCAACGAAGGGGCGGAGCCUCGGCCGGGGACGCAUACCAAAGACCCAAGGGGGACGCCACAGCCGUGUCGUCUGACACCCAGCAGCCUGCUGGAGUAGGAAGGAACGCCAAGGCCGUGUACUCGUGUGAGGCGGAGCACAGCCAUGAGCUCAGCUUCCCCCAGGGGGCGCACUUCAGCAAUGUGUACCCGUCAGUGGAACCAGGCUGGCUGCAAGCGACGUACGAAGGGAAAACAGGUCUAAUCCCUGAGAACUACGUGUUCUUCUUUUAAAGGCUUUGUCAUUCCUGGUGUCCAUGGAAGUAGUGAUCAGCGCCGGGUGCUUUCUCUCUGCUUCACCAUGCCAGAAAACCACAACAUACCUCCUUUCCUGGUUGAUGUGUUGGGAUGAAUAUUUGGCAUGAAGAUGAUUGGUUGUCGUUUUUAAUUCAUCUCCACGUCCUGCAACGUCGGUACACUCCUGACAAUAUCGUUUGACUGUAUAGCGUAAAAGUGGGUUCAUUAAGAGUAGUCAGUGUACAGCUACUAUACAUACACAGACCAAAAUACUCGACAACACAAGUGUGUGUGUAGCAGGGAUUGUGUCAUGGUGAUAGGAGUGUCCCAGGCUGCAUGAAUGCUGCCGGUACUGGGGAGCCAAGGGACAAUCUAGUCUACUUAGAUAUACUUCACAGUAGUGUGUGUACUGUGUACUGUACAGUAGUACAGAAGUGUAUGGAAGUGGAGGUUGUAUCCACCAGGAGGUGAGAAGGUCUGGAAUAAACGAGGGUUGGUUGAUGAGUCCUAAAUAUCAUGACUCCACCAUCAUGACCUUGGGCGACAGGGGGGUACGCCCCGGGUGGUGGCGUCAUGGUCAGGGGCUGCAUGAGUGCUGCCGACACGGGGGAGCUGUGGACAGGUCCGCUGUGAAUCGUACGCCUUGCUCUCUCGUGACGUUGUUAAUGAACCGCAGCUCUCCUGCUACCAGCAGCACUCGUGCGUAGCCAUGCUUGACAUCAGACAAGACACGAUAAUUAAAAGGUGCUGAAGGCCAGGAACAAUACAAUCCUAAAAAUAAUACGAGCAAAUAAUUGGCAGUGUGCAAAGACAAGCCACAGCCCC